AUGCCCCUCUCCCACCUCCAGCCGCCGCACCCUCCUCGUAUUUCGUGCCGCACCACUGCCCCGCCGCCACUUGUCGCCGCCCCCUUCGCCGCGCCGCUGCCAGCCUUCACCUCCAGCCAACCAAUCGCCGCCACUUGUCCCCUGGCUCCCCGUCGCCCCCACCCGCGCCUCCGGCCGUACGGGCCCGCACCGCGCCCCGCGCCUCGCCCGACCCCGCCGCCGUCCUUCGCGCCGCCCGGCUCCCGCCGUCGCGCCCCUCGUCGAGCGCCGCCGAGCUCCUCCGACCCCGCCGCCGUCCGGCGCCGCCCCGCCGCCGCGUCCCCGCGCCGGCGCCCGCCGGUGCCGCCUCCUCCCGUCGCCCGCGCCACCUCGCCCUUCCCUCGCCAGACGCCGCACGCCCGGCCGUCCCUGCGCCUCCCCGCGCCGCCCUGCGCCGGAGUCCGGCCAGAUCCGGGGAGCCCGCGCCCGGAUCCGCCGCUCGCGUGGACCCCGCUUCGCCGCCCGCGUCGCCGUAGAAGCCCUCCGUCGCCGCCGUUAACCCGCGCACCGCCCGUGUCACUGACGCGCGGGGCCACGCCGAACCGACCGGACCGGCCGGUUCGACCGAACCGGACCAGCCCGCGCAGAACCGCCCGAGCCGCCCUCUGA